AUGAACUCAAGAGGAUUUAUUCUCGCCCUGCUCAGCUGCCUAGUAGUACGAGCUCUCUCAGUGAAAGUUACAUCUGAGGGUACAAGCUAUGUUGACUUCAAUCAAGACGCAUCCUUCUCAUGCACGCUCUCUGAAUCGGAAGGAGUUUCGCAAGUCACAUGGCAUCGGCUGGUGAACAAAUCUGUGGAAAACCUAGCCACUUUCAGUAAGCGUUUUGGAGCCAAAGUCCUAUAUCCGCAAGUCGGCAAGAUAAAUUUCACCGAAGCCUCGCUGAACUCAACGUCAAUUAAAAUCCUGAAUGUGACUCUGGCGGAUGAAGCCUGCUAUGUUUGCUCCUUCAACGUUUAUCCUAGUGGAUCUGUACGCAAGCAAACCUGCCUUACUGUUAAAGGAAUAUCCGAUGCGAAGGUUGAAAUGAAAACAGUUGCCAGUGGUAACAAUUCACAGGAAAAGGAAGUUGUGGUCAGCUGUUCGGGUACCGGCAAACCAGCCCCCGAGAUCAGCUGGAAUGCAUCGAAAAGUUUGAGCAAAUUUACUGAGGAGCGACGGGAUACCAUCGUGUCCAAUGGGGAAGGAAUAGUCACCGUUACGAGCGAACUCACACUCCCCCUCUCUAUGUUCGAAUACGUGGACUGUCUUCUGAGCAGCCCUGACACGACGGAGAAGAUCAUUAAACGCAUUAGUUUUCCUGAAACACAAAGGGAGGCUACCGAAGGUGAAAUAUUACCUUCAGGAGUGAUCAUUGUAAUGGCUGUCCUUGCAACAGUAGCCAUCGCCUGCACAGUAUGUAACUUGAAAAGAAAAAAAGGUCACAAGAACGUAAAACUGCCCCAUGGAAAGGGAACACCUGAUCUUUUGAUGGGUUGUGGUGUGUGA